AUGGCCGGCGGGCGUCGACGCGCCGCGGCGGUCGCCGCGCUCGGCGCCGCCGCGGUCCUCAGCCUGUGCGCGUACGGCGCGUCCAAGGCGUACACGAAAGGGUUUUGGGCCGGCGUGGACUGGUGCGCGGACGAGACCGCGCGGCGGAUGCGAGACGCGGCGCGCGCGACGUCGUCGUCAGACGGCGGCGACGACGACGACGACGACGACGACGACGACGCGAGGACGCGCGAGCGGCGGCAGCGGCGCGCGCGGCGCGACGCCGCGCCCAGCGCGGAGACCCCCGGGAGCGUCUCCGACGCGGUCGAGAUCGCGUCGCCCGCGACGGCGUCGCCGUCGCCGUCGCCGUCGCGCGCGAGCGCCUCGAAGAUGAAAAAAAAAACCGCGGCGACGUCGACGGCCCCCCCCCCGCCGCUGCCGACGCCGCCGCCGCCGCGCGCGCGCCCGACGCCCCCCGCGCCGCCGCCCGCUCCCGCGCGUCGAUCCCCCGUCGACAUCGCCGCGGGGUACGUCGCCGUCUACGACGACAUGCGCGCGGCGUUCGACGCGAGCGGGUUCGACGCGAUCGCCGCGACGACGAGCCGGCGUUGGUUCCGGUUCGACCCGCCCCCCGCGGUGGGCGUCUGGCCGCCGCCGUACGUCUCUCUCCAUCUCCCGAAAGACUGCGCGCGGCUCGUCGCGUUCACGCUCGAGGAGUCCCCCGCGGUCGCGGCCGCGGCGGCGGCGGCCGCGAGGGAGGUGUUCAGCGUGUUGGGCAAAGCGGGGAUCCCCGCGUUCAACGUCUCUCGGAGCUCGUUUCACGUCUCCGUGUUUUUCCUGUCGCUCCCGGAGGAGCCGAUCGACGACCCGUUCACCGCGCGCAUCGCGGGCGCCGCCGGUUCCGGCACGUCGUCGUCGUUCGAUCUCAAUUCGUUCGAACCCGACCACGAGAGAGAGGAGAAGACGCUCGAGAAGACGCUCCGCGGCGUCGUCGACGGCGGCGCGAUCGAGCUCGAGGUGGAUCGCGUGCAGAUGGCGUCGAGGAGGCAGACGCACAUCGCGCACAGCACGCUCCUGCGCGCGUUUCCGAGCGCGCCGGAGGAGGAUGGGGAGCGGGAGGGGAGCGACGGUCGGAGGGAGCGGGUGAGAGACGCGGCGGCGAGGGGCGUGAGCGCCGCGUGCGAGCGGUGGAGCGCGAGGAUCGAGGGCGUCAAGGUGAGGGUGAACGAGGCGUGGUUCGUGAGGGAGGAGCGGUUCUCGAGCUUGGACGGCGCGCGGUGCUCGUUUAGGUUGUGA